AUGUCAAAUAAGUUUAAAAACAUAAGAGAAAUAGGAGAGGAUACAUAUCAAGUGAUGCUUAAAGAUAGAUUUUAUAGAUGUGAUACAUGUUUACAAGAGGCAUUCUUCACUUUAGAUAACGCAAAAUACUGGUAUUUAGUUUUCAUUUAUGAUUUUAUGUAUAAAUGCAUGGAUGUUAAUCGUUUUCAUUUCAUUGAAGGUGAUACUGAUUCAUCUUAUUGGGCAAUCGCUGGCGACCCAAAUCUUCCUAACACUCAAGCAUUUCAAGCAAUUGUUACCGAUAAACAAUUUUAUGAUAAAAACAUUUUCAAAUUCGCACCUUUUGAUUUCUUCUGUUUUGAUGAGAAAUUUAAACCUAAAUUAAAGAAUAAAGCUGAAGAAAAAGCACAUGAGAAGAAGUUAUUGGGUUUAGCAAUUGAGAAACAAGGUGAUAACAUGGUUGCUUUAUGCCCUAAGUGUUAUACAUCAUUCAACGGUUCAAUUGAUGGAAGUGAUUUUAAAAAGAUUGCACAAAAAAUGAAAGGUGUUAGUUUACGACAAAAUAAACAAUUAACACCUAAAAAUUAUUUGGAUAUAAUAAAUGAUAAAGUUAUUUUCGAUGGUCAGAAUAUUAAUUUACAACUUAAAAACUGGUCAAUGACUCGCUUAACAAUCGGUAAGACUGCAUUAACAGGAGCACACACUAAGGCUGUAUGUUGUGAAAAUGGAUGUUGUAUGCCAUUUAUUUAA